AUGCCUCCCUCCCACCGCCACCACGACUCCCAAACAAAUUACCCCCGCUCUUCAAUCCUCCCCACAACCUUCAACCAAACAGGGACAGGCUCAGGAAUAAUCGGAAGCACCCAAACCCAAACCUACGGCUCCUCUACACCAUCCAUGUCCGCUGCCAAAACCCGCCAAUACGCACACCUCCACUCCCAGCUCGCGCAGCUGAAUGCGAACCUCGCGGACACAGAGAACCUGUUGCGCAUGACAGCUGUGCAGGCGGGAGAUAUGCGGUUCCUCGGCGGAUAUAUUGGAGGCAUGUUCAUGGGAUCUGCGAAGAUUUUGGGGGAGGAGGGGGUGAAGGGGAACGCGGAUAGACCCGAGAAAUCAAAGGAAGUUGAGAUUAAGGAGGAGAGUGAGGAGGACUAA